UUCCUAACAGGCUCUUGUGUCUGAGUCAGUGUCGGACGUUAGAUCGGGAUGAUUGAAGUCGUUUGCAACGAUCGGCUGGGCAAGAAAGUACGCGUGAAGUGCAACCCUGAUGACACCAUUCGGGACCUGAAAAAACUCAUCGCCGCCCAGACUGGCACUCGGUGGGACAAGAUCGUGUUAAAGAAAUGGUACACAAUUUUCAAGGACCAUGUGUCGCUGGCGGACUAUGAAAUUCAUGACGGCAUGAACCUGGAGUUAUAUUAUCAGUAGCAUGCAAUGAAGCUUUUGUAAUAGAGAUGCUACCUUUUCUAUGCCUUUU